GUUGGCGUGGCAUGCAGACUGGGAGGAGGCGACCGGAGUGGGCUGGGGAGGUUGGGAGAGCGGCGGAGAAGCGAGUGAGGAGGGCGAGCGCGAAGCCGGGAGGAGGGGCGCGCGUGGAGGGGGUGCCGGGCGCCGCGAGGGCCUGCUCCGGGCACCUGCGAACGCGCGACGCUCUGAAGGAGCGCCUGGCUCUCGCCCGCCAGCCUCCGGCCACGACGCGCCCAGGGCGCGGAGAGGGGGUGGGGACGGAUUGGGAUUCUGCCAUCGCCCUCACCGGCCGGGCCCUGGAGCCGCUCCCAGGAUAACUCCACGUUGGGGAGGGCGCCCGCCGAGCCUCCCCGGCCUGUGCAGACGGCGCGCGCGGCAGGAGGGCGCGGACCAGCGUCCCCAGCCCGGCCCCGGGAGGAAGGCGAGCGGAGCGCGGCCGCGCGGGCAGCGGACGGCAGACGGUGCCCGGCGCCCACGGGUUCUGGAGGCUGGGAAGUCCAAGACAAGGUGCCAGCAUCUGGUGAAGGCUGCUGUCUGCUUUCAAGAUGGUGCCUCGAAUGCUGUUUCCUCACAUGGCAGAAGGGCUGCCCCUGAUGGGGCCUGGCAAUGACUGAGCAGGCCCAGCCCCAGAGGACAAGGAAGAGAAGCCAUAUUGAGGAGGGCAAGAAGUGACGCCCGGUGUAGAAUGACUGCCCUGGGAGGGUGGUUCCUUGGGCCCUGGCAGGGUUGCUGACCCUUACCCUGCAAAACACAAAGAGCAGGACUCCAGACUCUUCUUGUGAGUGGUCCCCUACCCUGCAGCUCCACUAUGAGGCUUCUCGUGGCCCCACUCUUGCUAGCUUGGGUGGCUGGUGCCACUGCCGCUGUGCCCGUGGUACCCUGGCAUGUUCCCUGCCCCCCUCAGUGUGCCUGCCAGAUCCGGCCCUGGUAUACGCCCCGCUCAUCCUACCGCGAGGCUACCACUGUGGACUGCAAUGACCUAUUCCUGACGGCAGUCCCCCCGGCGCUCCCCGCAGGCACACAGACCCUGCUCCUGCAGAGCAACAGCAUUGUCCGUGUGGACCAGAGUGAGCUGGGCUACCUGGCCAAUCUCACAGAGCUGGACCUGUCCCAGAACAGCUUUUCGGAUGCCCGAGACUGUGAUUUCCAUGCCCUACCCCAGCUGCUGAGCCUGCACCUAGAGGAGAACCAGCUGACCCGGCUGGAGGACCACAGCUUUGCAGGGCUGGCCAGCCUACAGGAACUCUAUCUCAACCACAACCAGCUCUACCGCAUCGCCCCCAGGGCCUUUUCCGGCCUCAGCAACUUGCUGCGGCUGCACCUCAACUCCAACCUGCUGAGGGCCAUUGACAGCCGCUGGUUCGAAAUGCUGCCCAACUUGGAGAUACUCAUGAUUGGCGGCAACAAGGUAGAUGCCAUCCUGGACAUGAACUUCCGGCCCCUGGCCAACCUGCGUAGCCUGGUGCUAGCAGGCAUGAACCUGCGGGAGAUCUCCGACUAUGCCCUGGAGGGGCUGCAAAGCCUGGAGAGCCUCUCCUUCUAUGACAACCAGCUGGCCCGGGUGCCCAGGCGGGCACUGGAACAGGUGCCCGGGCUCAAGUUCCUAGACCUCAACAAGAACCCGCUCCAGCGGGUAGGGCCGGGGGACUUUGCCAACAUGCUGCACCUUAAGGAGCUGGGGCUGAACAACAUGGAGGAGCUGGUCUCCAUCGACAAGUUUGCCCUGGUGAACCUCCCCGAGCUGACCAAGCUGGACAUCACCAAUAACCCACGGCUGUCCUUCAUCCACCCCCGCGCCUUCCACCACCUGCCUCAGAUGGAGACCCUCAUGCUCAACAACAACGCUCUCAGUGCCUUGCACCAGCAGACGGUGGAGUCCCUGCCCAACCUGCAGGAGGUAGGUCUCCACGGCAACCCCAUCCGCUGUGACUGUGUCAUCCGCUGGGCCAAUGCCACGGGCACCCGUGUCCGCUUCAUCGAGCCGCAAUCCACCCUCUGUGCGGAGCCUCCGGACCUCCAGCGCCUCCCGGUCCGUGAGGUGCCCUUCCGGGAGAUGACGGACCACUGUUUGCCCCUCAUCUCCCCCCGAAGCUUCCCCCCAAGCCUCCAGGUAGCCAGUGGAGAGAGCAUGGUGCUGCAUUGCCGGGCACUGGCCGAACCCGAACCCGAGAUCUACUGGGUCUCUCCAGCCGGGCUUCGACUGACACCUGCCCAUGCAGGCAGGAGGUACCGGGUGUACCCCGAGGGGACCCUGGAGCUGCGGAGGGUGACAGCAGAAGAGGCAGGGCUGUACACCUGUGUGGCCCAGAACCUGGUGGGGGCUGACACUAAGACGGUUAGUGUGGUUGUGGGCCGUGCUCUCCUCCAGCCAGGCAGGGACGAAGGACAGGGGCUGGAGCUCCGGGUGCAGGAGACCCACCCCUAUCACAUCCUGCUUUCUUGGGUCACCCCACCCAACACAGUAUCCACCAACCUCACCUGGUCCAGCGCCUCCUCCCUCCGGGGCCAGGGGGCCACAGCUCUGGCCCGCCUGCCUCGGGGAACCCACAGCUACAACAUUACCCGCCUCCUUCAGGCCACGGAGUACUGGGCCUGCCUGCAAGUGGCCUUUGCUGAUGCCCACACCCAGUUGGCUUGUGUAUGGGCCAGGACCAAAGAGGCCACUUCUUGCCACAGAGCCUUAGGGGACCGUCCUGGGCUCAUUGCCAUCCUGGCUCUCGCUGUCCUUCUCCUGGCAGCUGGGCUAGCGGCCCACCUUGGCACAGGCCAACCCAGGAAGGGGGUGGGUGGGAGGCGGCCUCUCCCUCCAGCCUGGGCUUUCUGGGGCUGGAGUGCCCCUUCUGUCCGGGUUGUGUCUGCUCCCCUUGUCCUGCCCUGGAAUCCAGGGAAGAAGCUGCCCAGAUCCUCAGAAGGGGAGACACUGUCGCCACCAUUGUCUCAAAAUUCUUGAAGCUCAGCCUGUUCUCAGCAGUAGAGAAAUCACUAGGACUACUUUUUACCAAAAGAGAAGCAGUCUGGGCCAGAUGCCCUGCCAGGAAAGGGACAUGGACCCACGUGCUUGAGGCCUGGCAGCUGGGCCAAGACAGAUGGGGCUUUGUGGCCCUGGGGGUGCUUCUGUGGCCUCCAAAAAGUUGCCCUUACCUCCUAGGGUCACCUCUGCUGCCAUUCUGAGGAAUAUCUCCAAGGAACAGGAGGGACUCUGGCUAGAGCCUCCCACCUCCCCAUCUUCUCUCUGCUCAGAGGCUCCUGGGCCUGGCUUGGCUGUCCCCCACCUGUGUCCCCGGGCUGCACCCCUUCCUCUUCUCUUUCUCUGUACAGUCUCAGUCGCUUGCUCUUGUGCCUCCUGGGCAAGGGCUGAAGGAGGCCACUCCAUCUCACCUCGGGGGCUGCCCUCAACGUGGGAGUGACCCCAGCCAGAUCUGAAGGACAUUUGGGAGAGGGAUGCCCAGGAACGCCUCAUCUCAGCAGCCUGGGCUCGGCAUUCCGAAGCUGACUUUCUAUAGGCAAUUUUGUACCUUUGUGGAGAAAUGUGUCACCUCCCCCAACCUGAUUCACUCUUUUCUCCUGUUUUGUAAAAAAUAAAAAUAAAUAAUAACAAUAAUACGGGGGAAAGGAACGAAAGGAAAAUAAUCCUCUGAGUAUUGAGUGUGGUUAAGGAGCUCUGCUCUGGACUCUCCUCAGAGCUGGAGGGUGAUGGGCAUGGGGGCCAGCUGGGAUAUGAGAAGAGGGACAAGAAAAGGGACAGAGUGAAAGAGGGGACAGUUUUUCCUUUUCAGUUUGAAUUCUGGCCCCUGGGCCUGCUUCUGGCCCCCAAGAGUCUCCGUGGCUGUGACAAUGACCAGAGUGAGGAAGGGAGGGAGGCAGAGUGCAGGAGGCAAGGAGAGGGGUGGGAGAGAACCAUGGAGACGAACCUGAGAUGGGGAGAGCGGAAAUUUCCAUCACCAAAUGCCGUCACCCCUUCUCCUUCUCUGAUAAGCAAUUAACAUGCCAGAGCAUAGGAAGCACUUCCCAGCCUAUUUCUAAUUAAACAAACCCAAGAGGCAGAGUCAUGCAGAGAAUUGCAAAUCAUCAAGACAGCAAGAACUUUGGCUCACUAGGGCAGGAGCAGGGCAUGGGGUGAUAGAGGAUUUAGGGAGGGGAGGGCUAUGGGAUAAGGAAAUUACUGCAUUCUAUCUGUCCAUUUCAUUUCGGUAUAAUUUGCAAUGAGCAUGGUUUGCUUUUUUAGUUUUUUCAUUUUUAAACUGAUUGAGUCCUUAGGACUACCUGUGAAGAGGAACAUCUGUUGGGAAGCCAUCAGAGCCAAGGGCAGAGGGGCCACUGUGGGCCCAUCAAGGGGCUGUGCCAGAGCCAGAGUCCACUGAGCCACCACUCUCCGUUUCUGAGAUAGGCUGGGAAGGGAAUGGGUUUCCUGAGACUGACAGAAAGCAAUGCACAUUUGGAGGGUCCCCCUGUGUUACAGAGCACACUUGGCAGACUUGUUGGAAGCAGAUCCUAAGCCACCAUCAAGACUGCAAAUGUAUACACGGGCGGAAGCCAGACCAGGGACACAGCAUCAGGCCCCAUGGACCUGGAGCACUCACCUAAGCGAGGGUAGUGUCCCUCUCUCAGGAAGCUCAAAGACAGCAGGCUCUGCGAAGACCAUCAGCAAAGAGCCACGGUAGGAGCCUUCUUCCUUUUGGCCGAGGUCCUCACUCAAGGCUACAUCAGUCACCUGUGGGGCUUGUUAAACACAGAUGGCUGGUCCCACCCCCAGAGUUUCCCAUCUACUAGAGCUGGAUAACAACUGAGAACCUGGAUGUCUAACCAGUUUUCAGGUGACACUGAUGCUGCUAGACUGAGGACAACACUUUGAGAACCACUGGGCGUAGGCCUGCAGUAGCUGGGAUUUUGCACUCCUUCUGCUCUAGGCCUCAGCUUUUUCAUAGACAGUGUUGUGGCUUAUGGCUCCAGAAGAGAGUUGGGAAGGGGCUGGAGGAUGGUCCCUCCUCCCCACUCUUCUGACAGGUUGCUGAGCCCCCAUUUCAAUGACAUGCUGUCCUGAGGGCAGCAGCUCCUUUCACAAGUGUUUUUCUGCAUGGCCAUGUUAUACAUUCUUUAGGGGAGGGGAAGGCAGAGAUGCUUUCUACAUCUACACACAUUCUCCCCUCCCCCUGCGGCACCCUGGCAGACACUCCUAGCACCCCACAGGGUUCUCUGCUAUUGCGCUUUGGGAUCAUCACAGCCAUGUUCUAGGCAGCCCUGCCAAUGGACUGGAGCUGGCCUGUGCAAUUUAGCCUAUUCUCCAUCCUCCAGGAUCCAGAAGCUCUGUAGGGAGGAGGUGGGACAGAGUCUGUGCUGAUCAUAGAAAACUGGAGUCAGAAAUCGACGCCUCUCCUUUCCUCCCGGAAGAUCCACAGUGCUGCCUUUCUUCUCUGGCCCACGACACACGGAGAAUCAAGGUGUUCCCUUAAAUAAGCUCCCGAGCCCUGUAAGAGCCUGUGGAGCCCUGUAACACCCUCCCAUCAUCACCUCCACUGCCACCCCAGAACUUACCGAAGAGCCCCUGGUCAGUCAAUAGCUACCAAAACAGGGACCACUUGCAGAUCCAGAAGUCCCAAGGCUUUAGAUCCCUCAGGCUGAAAAGACACGUACAUGUGCCUGCAGUUGGAAGGUAGAAAGAGGGAGUGUUCCCAGCCCCAGAGGACCAUUUGCCUGCUCUGAUCUCUUUGCUACCCCCAUUUCCACCAGACUCCUCAGUUACAGAAUGAUUGCAAGCUGUGAGCCCCUGGGGAAAUGCAGAAAUCAUCCAGCCCAGAGGAUGUAGCUCUGCCUCCCAGAUGCCACGUGCCUGUACUUGACACACUGUGGCAUCUCAGCUGCCGUGGGGCUCGGAGCUGCUCAAGUCCUUGAAUGUGAAUGCUUUCUUCUCAGAAGAAAAUGUCAGUUAUGGGGACUUAAUCUGUGUCUCACCUGAAUCCCCAGGUCCUGGACUGUUAGGCUACAGCAGAGAAGUUAGGUGAGGUGGGGAAAGGAAAGUAGCUCAUGGCAUCUCUUCUGUAAAGAGAGAUGACACCGCAGGGGCACUCCCCAGUUGGAGAGAGGGAGGACAAGGCACUCUGUGGGUUGCUGUGUCCUGGAAUAGCCAGAAAUGGAGCAGCUGAACAUGAGCAGCCCCUCCCCUGGUACAGAGCUGGACAUGUGGCUCUGGUGUGUUUCGAGCAGGAGGAAGGGCAGUGGGACUAUCCCCUGCCCUCCUCUGGCUCUAUGUGUCCAUUAACACAGCCUAACAGGUAACAUCUGAAGUCUUAGCUUCAACACUAGACCAGGCAUGUGGGCAACUAAAUGUACUGGGUUUAAAACAAAAGAGCUAUUAAGCCUGGUGUCUUCUGUACAUUUCAGAUUGCUUUUUUUUUCUUUUAAUCCUAAAUAGGAAAUAAUACUUACAGCCAGGAGUGGUGGCUCAUGCCUGUAAUCCCAGCACUUUGGGAGGCCGAGGGGGGUGGAUCACCUGAGGUCAGGAGUUCGAGACCAGCCUGGCAAUAUGGAGAAACCCCAUCUCUACUAAAAAUACAAAAAAAUUAGCUGGGCUUGGUGGCAGGCACCUGUAAUCCCAGCUACUCGGGAGGCUGAGCCAGGAGAAUCGCUGGAACCUGGGAGGCGGAGGUUACAGUGAGCCAAGAUUGUGCCACUGCACUCCAGCCUGGGCAACACAGCAAGACUG